AAAAAUUUACACAUUAACCAGAAGCCUCACGCGUCUACUUUUAUUUAACUGCACAUUGGAAAUAUCUCUGGCCAUGGCUGAACCAAUUCCUGGCCCAGAUGGUUACCCAAUUAUUGGUAAUAUCAUGGAUAUAGACAUGGAGCACCCUUUCGAGAGUUUUGGGCGUAUUGCAAGCACCUAUGGGCCGAUUUUUAAGCUCCGCCUCCCCAAGGACGCAAUAUUUGUAGCAAACUAUGCACUUGCACGCGACCUUUUCGACGAGACGAAGUUCCAAAAGGCAGUGAUUGGACCACUUGAUGAAAUCCGCAAUGCGACCAAAGAUGGUCUGUUUACAGCCUACCCCGGGGAACACAACUGGGAAAUCGCACACCGCACUUUGAUGCCAGCUUUUGGUCCGCUCUCCAUACGAGCAAUGUUUCCAGAGAUGCAAGAUAUUGUCACUCAAAUGGUACUCAAAUGGGUACGAUUUGGCCCUAACACGGCGAUCGAUGUUGCAGACGACUUCACGAGGUUAACAUUGGACUCAAUUGCUCUAUGUGCGAUGGGGGAUCGAUUUAACUCAUUUUAUCACGAGAAACAGCAUCCAUUCGUCGAAGCAAUGAAUGGCUUGCUAACAGAAUCGUGGGCCCGGUCUCUACGCCCACGAUUCACUGACUGCCUCUUCCGGGAGCAACAGAAACAGUAUCGUACUGACAUAAAAACGCUGGUGUCUAUCUCUAGGGAGCUGUUGGAGUCACGAAAACGGGCUCCAGUGGAAAAGAAGGAUCUGCUUAACGCUUUAAUCUUCAACAAGGAUAAGAAGACUGGGGAGCAAUUGAGUGAUGAUACAAUAAUUCGGAAUAUGAUCACUUUCCUGAUUGCUGGGCAUGAGACCACGUCUGGGAUGCUGUCUUUCUUGUUUUACGAACUCCUCGAAAACCCCGAGGCUUAUCGAAAGGCGCAAGAGGAAGUCGAUAGAGUAAUUGGAAAACAGACUAUAACAAUCGAUCAUAUGUCAAAGCUUCCAUAUCUGGAGGCCUGCUUGCGUGAGACGCUUCGCCUCCAUCCGACGGCACCAGCGUUCACUGUUCGAGCAAAAGGCGAUCAGGUCCUUGACGAAAGAUACGUUGUCAAAGACAAGGAAUGUGUAGAUGUGCUGCUUGGGCUACUUCACCGUGACCCAGAAGUCUACGGGCCAGACGCGGAAGAGUUUAAGCCAUCCCGGAUGCUGGAUGAGGCGUUCAGGGAGCUUCCUCCUAAUUGCUGGAAGCCAUUUGGUAACGGAAUGCGUGCGUGCAUCGGUCGCCCUUUCGCUUGGCAGGAGGCCUUGCUUACAGUCGCAUCGCUGCUCCGGGCGUUCCAUUUUACUAAAGACAACCCUUCUUAUCAAUUACAGAUUAAAACCACCCUUACGAUUAAGCCAAAGGAUUUUUAUAUGAGGGCCCGAGUCAGGGAUCCUGACGUCUUUGAACAAUCCGGGAUGGGGAUUUCGUCUCCAUUAUCGGAAGCCCCACGUAAGACGGAGGAACCUCCAGCACCCGCUUCAGGCGACACCACACCGCUUCUCAUUCUGUAUGGGUCAAAUACAGGAACCUGUGAAGCGCUGGCCCAAGAGCUGGCUUCCUCGGCUCUAGAACACAGUUUUUCCGCCACGGUCAAAAGCUUGGAUAGCGCGACUGAGGCUCUCCCGAAGAAGGAUCUGGUCGUUAUUAUCACAGCGACAUACGAAGGGCAAUCCCCAGAUAACGCCGCGCACUUUACUGAAUGGCUUAAGUCUUGUGAUUCAUCGACAUUCAAGGACGUACGAUACUGCGUAUUCGGCGUUGGGAACAAGGAAUGGCGUUCAACUUAUCAAAGAAUUCCCACAUUAAUUGAUGACAUACUAUCGAAGGCUGGAGCAGAGCAGGUUACAAAGAGAGUGGCUGUCGACGUCACGCAGGGAAAUAUUUUCGACGCAUUCGACCGAUGGCAGGACAAGAGCUUUUGGCCAUCAGCGCAUAAGCUAACCGGUCAGAGAGAUGAUAGCGACGACUUCAGCCAAAGAGGAUUGAAGAUCCAAGUGGAUACUCAAGCCCGGUCGUCACUGCUUCGGCAGGACGUGCAGGAUGCCGAGGUCAGUGAAGUUCGUCUCUUGACGAAACCCGGAGCACCUAGAAAACGGCACAUCGGAAUUCGCCUGCCAACUGGAGUUACAUACCGUGCCGGCGACUAUCUGGCCGUGCUGCCGCUCAACCCACCAGAAACAGUCCGCCGUGUUAUGAAACGCUUCCGGUUACCAUGGGACGCCACCAUAACCAUUAACCCGUCCACACCCACGUCUCUGCCCACUGGUGUGGCUCUCAGUGUAAACGACGUGCUCUCGGGGAUGCUAGAGCUUGGCCAACCUGUGACUGGCCGCGCGGCAACGGCUCUCGCUAAGUCAAUCUCGGAUGAGGGGCUAGCACGGGAGCUGGAGGAGCGCAUCGGAGGGGAAGACUUUCAGGGAUCCAACGUCACGCUCCUGGAUCUACUGGAGGAUUACCCCAGCGCAAUGUUUACUCUCGGGCAGUAUCUAGCCUCUGUGCCGCCGAUGCGGAUGCGACAGUAUAGCAUUUCUUCAACCCCGCUAGACCGAGAGUAUGAGUGCAGCCUGACCUAUAGCGUUAUCGACGCGCCAUCGAAAGGUAGCCGGCAGGGCCAUCGAUUUCUCGGCGUGGCCAGUAACUACAUGGAACGUCUUAAUGUGGGCGAUCAUCUCCAAAUCAGCAUGCGGCCCAGCCGUGCUGGGUUCCACCUUCCCGCUGACCCCAAGACACCUGUUAUUAUGGCAUGUUCUGGCACUGGGCUAGCGCCCUUCCGUGCUUUUGUUGCGGAACGCGCGCUCAAAAAGGCGGGCGGUACAGCGGUUGGGCCCUCGCUCCUCUUCUAUGGUUGUAGGCAACCCGGCCAGGACGACCUGUAUCGGGAGGAAUUUGACGCGUGGCAAACACAAGGUGUUGUGGACGUUCGACGAACCUAUUCACAGCAACCGGAGGCGUCUAAAAAUUGUAAGCAUGUUCAGGAUCGUAUCUGGAUGGACCGGAAGGAGACGGGCGCGCUAUUCGAUAGGGGCGCCAAGAUCUAUAUUUGUGGCUCGGGUCAGGUUGGUGCAGCUAUUGAGAAGACCAUGGGGAAAAUCCGAGCGGACUCUAUGGGAGAGGAUGAGGAGACGGCCUUGAAGUGGGUGCAAGAUUUGAAAGGGGACCGCUACUACGCUGAUAUCUUUUCGUGAAGACGGUGUAUUUGCCUGAUGGUAUUGGGGCCCGAGGAUGACACAAAGUAAAAUUACAGACCAGGAAGGACCUGUUCAUAGGAAACCGUAGCACAAAGGGAAGGACCAGCAAUUUUAAGGGCUACUAAAAAGGCCGGAUCUGUUUAAAUGUAAUAGGCUAGUUGUUUC